AUGUGGGGAACACUGAGUGUCUUGUUUGUCUGCGGGUUGGCACCCAACCCAGUAGAUAACAUGGGGCUGCUCUCCUUCACCACAUUUUCCUGGUUCAUGCCAGUAGUGAAGAAAAGCUACUGGCAAAAGCUGAUUGCAGACACUCUGCCCCUGUUGUCAACAUACGACUCAUCCGACCACAAUGUCCAAAGAUUUCGAGUCCUUUGGGUUGAAAGGUUAGGUACUGAAAAGGCCUCUCUGGGCCAUAUGGUCUGGAAAUUCCAGAGGACUCCCUUUUUGAUGAACAUCGUGGCCAACAACAUGUGCAUCAUCACGGGAACCACAGGGCCACCAGUUUUCAUUCACAAAAUCCUCCAGCUGCCUGAGAGAACAUCUGGAAAAGUCUGGGUUGUCAGUGGCCUGUGUAUAGCCCUUGUUGCCACCGAGUUUACCAAAGGCUUCUCGGCUUUUGCCUAGGCCAUCAACUACCGCACGGCCGUCCGGUUGGAGGUGAUGCUCUCCACCCUGGUUUUCGAAAACCUGGUGUCCCUCAAGACAUUAACACACGUCUCUGUUGGUGAGGUGCUCAAUAUACUGUCAAGCAAUAGCUAUUCCUUAUUUGAAGCAGCCUUGUUUUGUCUCUCGUCAGCCACCAUCCUGAUGCUAAUGGCCUUUUUCAUUCCGGGACCCACAGCUCUCACCGCAACAUCCAUGUCCGUCCUGUGCACCGUUAUUCAGAUGUUUAUGGCCAAGCUCAAUCCAGCUUUCCGAAGGUCAGCAAUUUUGGUGACAGACAAGCGAGUUCAGACAAUGAAUGAGUUUCUGACCAGCAUCAAGCUCAUCAAAAUGUAUGCCUGGGAGAAAUCUUUUACCAACACUAUCCAAGAUAUAAAAAGAAAGGAAAGAAAAUUACUGGAAAAAGCUGGAUUUGUCCAAAGCAGAAACUGUGCCCUGGCUCCCCUCAUGUCCUCCAUGGCCAUCUUGCUGACAUUCUCCUGCCACAUCCUCCGGAGAUGCAAGCUCAUCACACCCGUAGGAUUUAGUGUGAUUGCCAUGUUUGAUGUAAUAAAGUUUGCCAUUUAAAUUUUGCCCUCCUCAGCAAAAGCAAUGGCUGAAGCCAAUGUCUCUCUAAGGAGAAUGAAGACAAUUCUCAUAGAUAGAAGCCCUCCAUCUUACAUCACCCAACCAGAAGACCCAGAUACUGUGUUGCUUGUAGUAAAUGCCACCUUGACAUGGGAACAUGAAGCCAGCAGGAAAAGUGACCCAAAGAAAGUGCAGAACCUGAAGAGGCAUUUAUUCAAGAAACAGCGGUCGGACGCAUUCAGUGAAUGGAGUCCACCAGCCAAAGGAGCCGCUGGCCCAGAGGAGCAAAGAGGCACCCCCAAAUUGGUUCUGCACGUAAGCUUUGUGGUGAGAAAGGGAAAGAUCUUGGGAAUACGAAGUGGGAAGAGCUCUCUCCUUGCAGCUGUCCUAGGACAGAUGCACCUGCGCCAAGGGGUGGUGGCAGUCCGUGGAACUUUGGCCUACGUUCCACAGCAGGCGUGGAUCUUUCAUGGAAAUGUGAGAAAACACAUUCUAUUUGGAGAAAAGUAUGAUCGCAAAACGGAGCAGAGGCAGCGGAUUAGCCUGGCCCAUACCGUCUACUCUGACCAUCAGCUGUACCUGCUGGACGACCCCCUGUAGGCCGUGGAUGCCCACUUGGGGAAGCACGUCUUUGAGGAGUGCAUUAAGAAGAUGCAGGGGAAGACGAUCGUCCUGGUGACCCACCAGCUGCAGUUCUUAAAGUCCUGCGAUGAAGUUACUCUGUUAGAAGAUAGAGAUAUUUGUGAAACGAGAAGCCACAAGGAGUUAAUGGAGGAGAGAGGGCAAUGUGCAGAACUGAUUCACAACCUGCGAGGAUUGCAGUUCAAGGAUCCUGAACACCUUUAUAAUGCAGCAAUGGUGGAAGCCUUCAAGGAGAACCCUGCCGAGAGAGAGGAAGAUGCUGGUAUGAUCGUUUUGGCUCUAUGAAAUGAGAAAGAUGAAGGAAAAGAAUCUGAAACAGGCUCAGAAUUUGAAGACACCGCAGUUCCUGUGCACCAGCUCAUCCAGACUGAAUCCCCUUAGGAAGGAACUGUGACCUGGAAAACAUGUCACAAAUACAUUAAGGCUUCUGGAGGGUACCUCCCUUGUCUCGUCACUGUGUUCCUCUUCCUCCUGAUGAUAGGCAGCUCUGCGUUCAGGCUGCCUAAAGAAGAUGUGGGCCCCAGCAUGUCUGGAAUCAGGGACGUACAAGAUUGGGUGACCUGUGGACCCCAGGGCAACAGGACCAUGUGUGAGGUUGGCACAGUGCAGGUGGGCAACAGGCAGCAUGUGUACCAGGGGGUGUACGCUGCAAGCAUGGUGUCCGUGCUGGUGUUUGGUGACGCCAAAGACCUUACCUUCACCAAGGUCACACUGAUGUCAUUCUUCUCACUGUAUGACAUGGUGUUUGAUAAGAUCUUAAAGAGCCCAGUGAGCUUCUCUGACAUGACUCCUACUGGCAGGGUAAUGAAUCGUUUUUCCAAGGAUAUGGACGAGCUGGAUGUGAGGCUGCAGUUUCACGCAGAGGACUUUCUACAGCAGUUUUCUGUGGCGGUGUUUAUUCUCAUAAUGUUGGCUGCUGUGUUACCUAAUUUCCUUAUAGUUGUGGUGUUCGUUGCUAGAGGCUUCUUCAUUCUCUUACACAUUUUCCACAGAGGAGUCUAAAACCUCAUGAAGGUGGAGAAAAUCAGCUGGUCACCCUGGUUCUCCCACGUCUCCUCCUCUGUGGAGGGCCUGGGCAUCAUUCACGCCUAUGGCAAGAAGGAGAACUAUAUCACUAAUUCUUGUCACCUCUUCUACUUUAACUGUGCUCACCGGUGGUUAGUGCUGAGAAUGGGUGUCCUCAUGAACAUUCUCACCUUCACUGUGGUCUUGAUUGUGACCCUGAAUUUCUCCUCCCUCAGUACUUCAUCCAAAGGCCUGUUAUUGUUAUACAUCAUCUAGCUGAAUGGACUGCUCCAAGUGUGUAUGCGAAUAGGAACAGAGACCCUAGACAAAUUCACCUCCAUGGAGCUGCUCAGGGAUACAUUUCGGUAAGAAAUUAAUACCUGUGUUCCUGAAUGCACUUAUCCCCUCAAAGUGGAGGCCUGUUCCAAGAAGUGGCAGCGAGGGGAGAUUACAUUUAAAGACUAUCAGAUGAGAUGCAGAGACAACACCCUUGUUCUUGACAGCCUGAACUUGAACAUACAAAGUGGGCAGACAGUCGGGAUUGUUGGAAGAACAGGUUCCAGGAAGUCAUUGUUAGGAAUGGCCUUGUUUCAUCUGGUGGAGCCAGCCACUGGCACAGUCUUCAUUGAUGAGGUGGAUAUCUGUACUGUCAGCGUGGAGGACCUCAGAACCAAGCUGACUGUGACCUCACAGGAUCCUGUCGUGUUUUUAGGCACCGCAAAGUCCAACUUGGAUCCCUUUGAGAGUCACACCGAGAUGCUCUGGCAGGUUCUGGAGAGAUUGUUCAUGAGACACACAAUAAUGAAACUCCCAGAAAAAUGAUAGGCAGAAGUCGCAGAAAAUAGAGAAAACUUCUCAGUAGGGGAAUGUCGGCUGCUUUGUGUGGCCUGAGCUCUUCUUCUGAAUUCAAAGACCAUUCUCCUUGAUGAAGAAGCCACCACCUCCAUGGACUCCAAGACUGACACCCUGGCUCAGAACACCAUCAAAGAUGCCUUCAAAGCCUGCAGGGUGCUGACCAUCACCCACUGCCUCAACUCGGUUCUCAACUGUGAUCACAUCCUGGAAAAUGGGAAGGUGAUUGAGUUUGACAAGCCUAAAAUCCUUACAGAGAAGCCAGAUUCUGCAUUUGCGAUGUUACUAGCAGCAGAAGAUAUUGCAGUUGUACUGGCGGCAGAUUCUACAGGAGGAAGAGGCUUUAUAAACAGCGAGUCAGAGCUGGGCCCUGGCUUCACAGGCACCCUGGACCAGAGGACAUGGGAGUGGGCAGAGAGCUCCUCCCGCUCCUACCAACCCUACUGUGCGCUCCCCUCCCCACGGGCCCGUUGA